AUGUUGCCAAAGUUCUUGCUGCAAUCCUAUCCAACGGAGAAGAACUUAUUUUUGGUACCCAAAUUCGCUUUGGGCGUCAUUGGCUUCUAUCCGCAGCUUGGCAAAUCUACACUGAUGAACGCUUGGGCCUUAUUCAACUUGGUCAUACUCAUCUAUGGCUCCUACGCUGAGUUCGCCUUUGGCUUAAAUUUUCUCUCCACCGAUGCAAUGCGCGCCUUGGAUGCACUCUGUCCAGUCGCUUCGAGUAUCAUGUCCGUCUUCAAAGUCUGUUUCAUCUGGUGGCAUCGUGCAGAGAUCGAACGCCUUGUCCAUCGUGUAGCGGAGUUGACUGCCGAGCAAAAUAGUCCACGGAAAUUGGCUUGUAAACGCAGGUACUUUGCGAUUGGAACGCGACUCUCUUCGUCGGUGUUACUCUUCGGUUUCCUUACGAGCACCUUGUACACCAUACGCGCUGGCAUAGUGAAUUACUCGGCCCACGUGCGUGGAGAUGAAAUACCAUUUGAGACGCCUUUCAAAAUGAUGUGCGUGUAG